GAGCGGCAUUCGCUGACAGACGAGCGACGUUGAAGCAGCAACAAAUAAGAGGUUCCUGCCUGUACAGUGAUAUAUAUAUAUAUAUAUAUAUAUAUAUACGUAUUAUAUAUAGGCACGAAGCAUCCGAAAAAAGGAGGAAUACCACCGUCCAAGUUAAAAACAAAUAAAUAUUUCCAGAGGCAAACAUUGAGCAUGGGAGGCUGUUGCUCAAAGGAUUUGGACGAUAAGCGCUCCUGGAGUCCCGAGGAGACCAAAAAUGGCAGCACCACUUCGACCAUCAUUGCCCAGCCGCUGGAUGAGGUGGGUAGCACCGGUGUCUUCACGUUAACCCGCACCACAACCAGCACCACGCGGCAGGAGAAGACGGUGACCACCACCAACGCCGAACAGGAGGAUUAGAUACCGUUCCACCAUUAUUUAAUAUAUAAAAUCUAUUUUUUUUUAACACUUUUGUUGAAACGAUUUCAAUGCCAUGUGUGUGAGUGAGAAGUGUGUGAAUAUGAAUAUAUAUAUAUAUGUAUAUAUAUACAGCAAUGUACAUACGGACAAUGUGAAUAUGAAUAUGAAUCAAGUUAAGCUGUUAACGAGUAAUUAUUAAUUGUUAUGCGCCUGAAUUCCAAUUUCGUAAUAAAUUGUUGAAUCGCUAAA